UCAUUAGGCAAUGCUUAAUUCUUUUCUUGCAGAAAAACCCCGAAUCGAAAUCUGAGGAAUUGCUCUACGACGUUCAUUUCUGGAUAGGGGAGUACUCCACACAGGAUGAGUAUGGUACUGCAGCUUACAAAACGGUGGAAUUAGACCAUCUUCUGGACGAUAAGCCAGUGCAGCACCGCGAGGUCAUGGAUCACGAAUCGGACUUGUUCAAAAGUUACUUUCCGGCAAUAACUAAGAUGGAGGGUGGUGCCGCUUCUGGAUUCCGUCAUGUGGGACCCAAGGAGUAUACCGCACGUCUGCUGCAGUUCAAGGGUGACAAAAAGAAUGUCACACUCAGAGAGAAACCUCUCAACAAGCAUUGUUUGGACUCAAGUGACGUCUUCAUAUUGGAUCUGGGAUUGAAGAUCUUCCAAUGGAAUGGCGAGACUUCUAACAAGGACGAGAGAACUAAGGCUAUGCAGUACAUCUCCAAACUGAAAGGAAUUCGCGGGAAGGCCUCCAGUCAGGUGCUGGACUCGGACCGCGUUGGUCCCGAUCACCAGUUUAUGAAGGCCCUCUCUGAUGACCCAUUAGACGAAGAGGAUGCUGCGGUUGGUGUGGAUGACUCCCAGCCAGCCCUCUUUAGAUUGAAAAACACUGACAAGCUUUACUUCACCAAGGAGGCAGAAGGAAGUCUGCCUAAGUCCAAGCUGGAUUCUAAUGAUGUCUUCAUCGUGGACAACAAAAGAGAACUUUAUGUCUGGGUGGGUAAGGGUGCGGACUCAGCUGAGAGACGGAAUGCUUUCUCUUAUGCCCACAAAUAUCUUCAAGACACUAAGCAUCCCUUCAUCCCAAUCACUUGCCUGAACGAGGGACACGAGAAACCUGAAUUCUUCCAAACUCUUUCUUAGGUGCGCAUCUGCCUCAACCUCUGACAUCUUAUCGUAAUUUUUAACAUUUGAUUGAUUACGUAAGUGCUGUACUGGCAAUUAAUAACCAGUACUGCUCAACGAGUGUAACCGUUUUCGAAACCGCAGUGAAACUGAAAACAUGGUAAACAUAUUUCUCAUGAUAAAAUGUAAAUUAUUUAUUUCAAUCGUGCAAUUCUGGGUAAUUGACCUAAUUUCAACAGUACACCUACUGUUCAAUUUUAAUGAAGUGGAAUCUGAAGCAAUUAUUCCAAUUUCGCAGUCGAAAUCCAACCAACAAACGAAAGCAGGCCUAUACUAUAGAAAUACCCUGAACAAUUAUGGGUUUUUUCAGACCCUUCUUUCGUUUUAGUUUAUAAUAGUGGAUAAUAUGAAAUAGCUAAUUAAACUAAUUAACAGUAAUAAAAAAUCUUAGAAGCUGUGAAAAAAUUGAUCGUAAUGGAAAAACCAGAUCGUUGCCUACGCACGAUCUUGGGUUUCGUCAAUAGAAUACUACUUAUAUGCAUGAACGUGUGGACAAGCAAUACUGUAUCGACUAAAGACACUGGCUUCCAUUUUAAUUUACCCAAUACCAAGGUUAUCAGUGGCUCACCUGCCAUUUACAACCCGGUUAACUUGGGCGAGCAAUCUGUCGUAUCAUCUUUGAAAUCGGCACAAUAAGAUAUCGAUGGCCGCCCAUGGCUUCAAUGACCUGUGUGGGCUGAUUAUAAAACAUUGCCGAUCCAAACCUUUUAUACGACGUCCAUGCUUGGAUGUAUCUUGUACAUGUAUCUACGUAAGUAGAUUUUUUCAAGAAGUGGAUGUGUCAGUUUCUUAAAAAUAGAUUCAGAAGUAUUCUGGUUAAGGUUGAAAAAUUGUUAACGAUAAUCGAAUUUUUAAGGUUCACAGAUGUAAUCUUCAUUACAUGUAAUGAAGUUUGCGAAUAAUCUGGUAGUUGAAAUGGUGCAUGUUUGCCUUCCUCCGUGAAAAGUACCACCGCAGGAGUCUCUGAUGAUUAGAAGACCUUAGUGAAAUAACAAUGCAAGAGUGGUCUACUUGAAAUUUCAUAAUCUCAAUUUUAAGAAUUAAAAAAAUAAAUCUACGUAGAUAUGAAGCACAUA